AUGGCCUUGCAAACUGUGAGAAACUACGACGAAGACAAGAAGGCUUGUGACCAAUUACUGCGUUUUUAUAGCAAAAUUGAUAAUUGUGGGAAUAAGCAUUUUGUUUACAGCGAACAGUUGACUCGCAUUGCAAAUCGUGAACAAUCAGUAAUUUAUGUUUCUCUAGACGACGUAGCGGAACACUCCAGUGACUUAGCUAAUGCGAUAGAAUGCAAUGCUGUUCGGUACACGAAGCUGUUUGCUGAGGUUAUCGACGACUUACUACCCGAUUUUCGAACUGUCGAGCUUGUUCCACAAGAUGUUUUGGACAUAUUUAUCGAUCAUAGAAUCAGAAUGGAGCAACGAAUUAGAGCUGCCGAUGCAGAGACAGCCCCACGUCCUGUUUCCCGCGACCCUGAACCUGUUAACAUGGCGGAAGUUCGCUCCAGAUUUCCACCUGAGCUUUUACGGCGUUUUGAGGUUUACUUCUGUGGAAGAUCAGAUGCUAAGCCGUUGUGUGUUCGGAACGUACUGGCUUCGAGCAUCGGACAUCUUAUUCAGGUUCGUGGAGUCGUUACACGCGCAACCGAAGUCAAACCGCUUAUAACAACAGCAACAUACACUUGUGAUCGUUGUGGUGCUGAAACGUAUCAGGAAAUAAAUAAUCCAACGUUCAUGCCACUUACUGUUUGUGGUACCGCUGCGUGCAAAAAUGCUGGACCGGGUGGUGGUGGUCGAUUACAUAUGCAGACACGGGGGUCCAAGUUCCUUAAGUUUCAAGAGAUUCGUAUUCAGGAAUUAUCUGACCAAGUGCCUGUUGGUCAUAUUCCUCGUGCAUUAACUAUUUAUCUUCGAGGUGAAAACACUCGAGCAGCUCAACCCGGUGAUCACAUACUGCUUACAGGUGUCUUUUUGCCAAGUGUACGCGGAGCAAGUUUUUCUGGUGGCGGUAGAACAAAUCAAGCUUCUGUAUCGCUUAAUACCGCAUCUGGUGGUUUACUAACUGAUACUUAUUUGGAAGCUCAUAGUGUACAACUACUAAGUAAGACAGAUGAUGUUACAGAUGCCAAUGAACCAAGUGAAGAGGAAAUAGAACGCUUACGUGAUCUUGAGUUCUACUCACUAAUGGCUCAAUCUCUAGCCCCUGAAAUUUAUGGCCAUGAAGAUGUAAAGAAGGCUUUACUUUUACUGUUGGUUGGUGGUGUGGAGUUAGCUCCAAAAGAAGGACUUCGAAUUAGAGGGAAUUUAAACAUUUGUUUAAUGGGUGACCCAGGAGUUGCUAAGUCUCAAUUACUGGGGUUUGUUGACCGCCUCAGCCCUAGAUCUCAAUAUACGACCGGUCGAGGCAGUUCUGGAGUAGGUUUAACAGCUUCAGUCAUGAAGGAUCCAUUAACAGGUGAAAUGACUUUAGAAGGAGGAGCUUUGGUGUUAGCGGAUCAAGGAGUAUGUUGUAUUGACGAAUUCGAUAAAAUGACGGAGUUCGAUCGCACAGCUAUACAUGAAGUAAUGGAACAACAAACUAUCAGUAUAGCUAAAGCUGGUAUACUCACAACACUGAAUGCACGAGUUGCAAUUCUUGCUGCAGCUAAUCCAGCUUACGGACGUUAUAAUCCUAAUAAAAGUGUUGAACAAAAUGUAGAUUUACCCGCAGCCUUGCUUUCUCGUUUUGAUUUAUUGUGGUUAAUUCAAGAUAAACCUGACCGGGAACAUGAUCUAAGAUUAGCGCAACACAUUACUUUUGUGCAUAUGCAUGGAUCUGCUCCAACAGCAACUGAAUCACAGAUUGAUUCAACUUCAAGUACAAGCCACCAACAACAAUUAUUGUCGCUUCCUGAACUACGUCGUCUUAUCGCUGUUGCUAAAUCUCAACCUGCUCCAGCUGUUCCUGCUCAUUUAGCAGAUUAUCUGGUUGGUGCUUAUGUAGAAAUGAGAAAAGAGGCACGUGCAAACAAAGAAAUGACUUAUACAAGUGCAAGAACUUUGCUGGCUAUAAUGAGACUGUCUACAGCCCGUGCUCGACUUCGUGCAGCUUCAGAGGUUAGUAAAGGCGAUAUAGAUGAAGCUAUGCGUCUUAUGGAGGCUAGCCGUUCAUCAAUCCUCACAUCUCCUUACGAAGAUGCCAAUCAUUCAGGGCGUCCUCAGUCAUACAAAGAUGUAAUUUACCAUAUUGUUCGUGAAUUAACUGCUGCAGGUGAUGGAACAGCACGAAUUGCUGAUAUUGUUGAACGUUGUGCAACUAAAGGAUAUACACCAGCUCAGCUUAAUGAAGUAAUUGAAGCUUAUGAAGAUCUUAAUGUUUGGCAAGUGAAUAUUGGACGAACAAGAAUUACUACUGUCGCCUAA